AAAAGCGCGGGAAGCUCUCGAGACGGGACAGUUGAUUUUAACCACCGUCCCCACCUCUGUCUCUCCCUCUUUCUCCCGCGGUCUCUCCACGUUCUUCGACGCUCUCUCGCCAUCUUCAUCUUCUUCUUCUUCUUCUUCCUCUUCACCGUGAAGUCUCUCUCAUCGCGCAAAUCAUCAAAUCGAUCCCUCACGUCGACGACGAGCCGGGGACGCCAUGUCCUCUCACGCCUCCAAGCCCUCUCUCUACCCGGAAGUCCCUCGAUCGAACCCCGAAUCCUCUUCCCCCUUCGUCUCGAACCCUAACCCUGACCCCCAUCCCUCCUCCUCGUCCAACCUCUACCCUUCCCUCGACAUGAAGGACCUCGUCGAGAACCUCUUCCCCGACCACUACGGCCACGAUCCCUCCUCCCGCCGCCAUGGCGGCGACCCUGUCGGAGACGACCCGUGGUCGCCGUCCGCGCCUCCCGACUCCACCGAGGAGGUCCUCAUCCGGGUCCCCGGCGCGAUCCUCCACCUCAUCGACAAGGAGUACAGCGUCGAGCUCGGGUGCGGUGACUUCUCCGUGGUCGCCCUUCGCCAGGGCGAGAACGCCGUCGUGGUGCUCGCGAGCGUGGCGGACGAGGCCCAGUGGCCCCUGACGAAGGACGAGGCCACGGUGAAGGUCGAUGACUCACAUUAUUUCUUCUCGCUCAGCGCGGUGGACAAGACGAAAUCUGGGUCCUCGUCUGGGUCCGAUUCGAGCGAUGAUGAGGGUAAGAAGAGAAGCGGGGCAUCGGAUGAUCCGCUGAAUUACGGUUUGACCUUCGCAUCGAAGGGGCAGGAGGGGCUGCUGAGGGAGUUGGACGCGAUUUUGGAGAAGUACAGUGCGUUCUCUAUACAGAAAGUAUCUCGAAAGGCGCAAAAAGGAGAGGCUUUGGAUGUUUCUGUGGCAAAGGAGACUUCACCGGCGGAAUUGGAAUUGGACGGGAAGAAGAAGGAGAUCAUGGAGGAUAGGUGCAGGGCAUAUUGGACGACAUUGGCGCCGAAUGUUGAGGAUUACAGUGGGACUGCAGCAAAGUUAAUUGCAGCAGGGUCUGGACAGUUAAUCAAGGGUAUUUUGUGGUGCGGAGAUGUGACUGUGGAUAGAUUGAAUUGGGGUAAUGAGAUUAUGAAGAAGAGGCUGACUCCUGGAGAGAAGGCUGAGAUCGAUAAAAAAACACUUAAGAGAUUAAAAAGGGUAAAGAAGAUGACAAGGAUGACCGAGAAAGUGGCAUUAGGUGUUCUAUCUGGGGUUAUUAGAGUCUCCGGAUACUUCACAAGUUCAGUGGCAAAUUCUACAGUGGGCAAGAAAUUUUUUGGUCUACUGCCAGGGGAAAUGGUCCUGGCUUCACUUGACGGAUUUAGUAAUCAACUAAUCAGUCUCACUGAAGAUCCUGCGAUAAGGGUUGAAUCCAUUUGCUCAAGUCAGGACAAGGUGUGUGAUGCGGUUGAAGUGGCUGGAAGGAAUGUCAUGGCUACAUCCUCUACUGUGACAACUGGACUUGUAUCCCAUAGGUAUGGGGAAGAAGCUGGCAAGGCAACACAUGAAGGGCUUCAUGCGGCAGGGCAUGCUGUGGGGGCAGCAUGGGCUGUUUUUAAGAUAAGAAAGGCGUUGAACCCUAAGAGUGUUAUUAAACCUUCUAACAUUGCCAAGUCUACUGCCAAAGCUGCUGCUAAAGCUGCUGCUGCUGAGGCGAAAGCUAAAAGCAAGAAAUCUAAGUAAUUCCUUUAUGGAGAGUUUGAAUUGGUGAUAGGUUAGAUGCAGCUUCGCAGGGUUUGUGUUGCCUUCUUCUUUGCUGAAAUCAAAAUUAAGAUCCAAGCAAAUUGUCAUGUACCCCGGUUUUGUCAGUAGGUGACGCAUGAUUGGUUUUGUAGCUAACUUUUAUUUGCCCAUUGCCAGUUCUAUCGGUUGUAAGUCGAUAUAGGAACCGUAGAGAAAUUGCUAGAUGUGAUGGAUUUUAGGAAUAAUAUAAGAAAUUUCUUAAUGUUUGUUGAAUUCUCUUCUAUACGGGAUAUUGGCAUUAAUUUAUCUUACCAAAAUGAUUUUCAGGCA